CCGGGAUCGGUGAACAGAUGGCGUAUCACUACGCCAGGUUUGGAGCCAGAGUUCUUAUUACGGCCAGGAGAGAAGCCAGACUGAAAGAGGAAAGAUUGGGAAUCCCUUGACCUCUUUCUACGCGGCCACCAAGUUUGGUCUGGACGGGUUUUUCGCUUCCUUGCGGCAGGAGUUGGUAAUGCAGGACAUCAACGUGUCUGUGACUUACUGUGUCCUCGGCUUUAUAGGCACAGAAACAUCACAGAAUUUCCUCGAGGAGUAUCAACUGAGCAAAGACAUCAUACCGUCCCCUCCCUCGGACUGUGCCAUGGCGAUCAUCAAGGGGGGAGCCACCCGGCAACGAGAAAUCUACUACCCAUGGAGGGACGCAUGGUUUGCCACCAAACUCAGGCCCUUUGUACCAGAUCUCGUAGACCAUGUGACAAGAAGUGUUUUCCCUCCACUGAAAGAAAAGUCACCUCUUUUUACAGUGGAUUAAAGCCAUUGGCGAUUGUACUUCUUGUUAGAGUAUGUGGCAAAUAUUAAGUUCUAUAAGUUGAUUUCAGAAUAAAUUGAACUGAAUUCCUCUGAGAGAUGAACAACCUUAGAGUAGAGUUACACCACCCGAUAUAUAUAUAAAUUUUAUAUGACCUCUAGCUCUGUCCAUACACAACCCUCUUCCAAUCUGUUAAUCAAAGUCUUGUACUAAGACUAGUUUCGACCUCUGACUAAUACCCUAAGCUCCUUAAGUAUUUGCCAUGUUUUAACUAUUGCUAAUAUAAGUUUGUUUGUUUGCUUUGUAAAAGAAAUUUAGACUGUAUGCUUAUGUGGGUAGUUUUUUUAAGAAUAGACUCUGACAGCAUAAAACCCACACAUUCUACGUACUUUACGUUAAACGGCGGAUUAACAUCAAGUUUACACUGUCACCAACGGUGUAAAGAUACUGUCAGUGUUUUGAACGCUGCGAACUGGAGUAAAUGGGAUGAGCCCUAGGUUAUAAAGGUCAAAGUUAAAAGUUCGCGAAAACAAAAGACGUUCGAGCGGACUUCGACUUUUGACCUCUGACAAGAGCGUCUUGUCUGUUACCGUCUGCUGGACGGAGUGCAGUGGGCGUUUCGUACUGUGUGUUUCUCACAGUCUGCUCAAGGCACAGAGAAAACUCUGAAUAUGGGGAAACUAGGGUGGACUCUGGCUCUUCUCUUUGCCGUACUGGUGGGGUACAUCUGGUAUGAACCCGCUUUUGAUCCAGAAUCUCUGAGGGGAGCCCGAGUCGUGGUGACAGGCUGCAGUACCGGGAUCGGUGAACAGAUGGCGUAUCACUACGCCAGGUUAGGAGCCAGAGUUCUCAUCACGGCCAGGAGAGAGGCCAGACUGAAAGAGGUUGUAGCUAAGAUGAAGGACCUGGGAGCCCAGGAAGCCAUCUAUGUAGCAGGAGACAUGGGGAAACCAGAGGACUGUGAGAGGACCAUCCAAACAGCCAAGGAAAAAUUUGGUGGUCUGGACUAUCUAGUCCUAAACCACUUAGGAACGAGCCACAAGAGCAAGAAGGCCUUUCUUUGGGACGGUGACAUGGAAUUCCUUCAUGACCAUGUGAUGAUCAACUACUACAGCUACAUCCGGCUGGCUUCACUGGCACUGCCUCUACUUCACAAGACUAACGGCAGUCUGGUGGUUGUUGGCUCGGUUGCCGGAAAGAUUGGGCAUCCCUUCUCAGCUUUCUACGCGGCCACCAAGUUUGGUCUGGACGGAUUUUUCACCUCCUUGCGACAGGAGCUGGUAAUGCAGGAUAUCAACGUGUCUGUGACGUACUGUGUCCUCGGAUUUAUAGGCACAGAACCAUCACAGAAGUUCCAAGAGACGUUUCAGAUGAGCAAAGACAUCAAGCCGUCCCCUCCCUCGGACUGUGCCAUGGCGAUCAUCAAGGGGGGAGCCACCCGACAAAGAGAAAUCUACUACCCGUGGAGGGACGCGUGGUUUGUCACCAAACUCAGGCCUCUCGUACCAGAUCUCUUAGACUAUAUGACAAGAAGCAUUUAUCCUCCUCUGAAAGAAAAAUCACCUCUUUUUACAGUGGAUGAGCAUUGAAGUUUGUACUGCUUGCUUGAGUAUUUGGCAUAGAUUGUAAAUAUAUAUAUCACAAGUGAACUCGCAUGGUCUUAAAGAUAUGUAUUGUACGAUCUGACGUAUCAAAACAUAAAAACACACUGUUUUUGCCGGUGCGUAGCACCAGCUUUGAAUCGAGAGAAGCGGUUCUUUCAAGCCGUCGUUUGGUUUGCAUGGAUGAUCAAGCCUUUCUUACCAUGCCUCUCCUUCGUCGAACCUUUUAAAACUCCCUUCAUGGCAUGUUAUAACAAAUGUGGCCUUCGGUAGAAAAGUAGUUAUAACUAGCUAUAUUAAACUCAAGUAUUAAAUAUUUAUAUGGUCAUAUUUAUCGGAGUAGAGUAGUACAUAAUCAAGUUUAUCGUAUCGAGUUAGAAUUUUGUGUCAGCUUUUCACAAAGUAGAGUUUACAAAAUGAUUUCCCUUAUAUGAAUAGAUUAUGUUAAUUGGCAUUAACGUCAAUGCUAGCUGCUGUUUGUUGGACCGCAGCAAAAGGCCUGUUCAAAGGGACACGAAAAAUCGCAAUAACUGAUAUAUCAGCUGUCAAUAUUUGCAUUUCAUUCUUUAAACAUAAAUCGUUCAAUAGAUUCUAGUUGUUAAGCUAGAAAUGCCUGAAAUGUGAAUGAUGUAAAUAAGUUGAAAACUACUUGGAGAAUAUUCAGAAUUUUGCAGUUUUGGCUCAAAACCUGUACAAUACACACAUGUAAAACUUCGCUCUUGUAAACAGAAACAUGUUUCCAAAUAAAAGACAAGUACAAAAACAAAAGAAUCUUAUUGUCAACUCAAUCUUUCACCUUUUUGUUAUGAAGUCAGGUAUAAGUGCUGGUAUAAAAAUAUACCUUCACACUUUUGCGGGAAAAUCUAUUGUAGAAGUUGCAUUGAAUUCUAAAUUAAUUUACCGUACUUGGACAGUGUCUUUGAUGAUUGUAUACUAGUAUUUCAGCUUCACAAACUCGACAGCUGUUUAAUUGGCGAUGCUAAUUAGUUACCACAAAAAUGGACCAUUUUUUUAAUCAUAUGGAAGCAGACAAGAGUUUAACCUUUCUUCUAUUUCCAUGUAAGGCUUUCUCCAGGACCCGUCUGAAUGUUGAUUUCACAAUGAAUUGAAUUGAUUUCCACUGAGAGAUUAACGUUACAAACGUGGUUGCAUUUGCAUAGUGAACCUCCUUGAUUGAUCCAAUGGCUGUCCAAUUUUGCUAUAGAAACGUAUCAAUUUUUUAUAGCAGGUUGGGUAAAUAUUAUUCUUGGUUUAUAUACAGAAGCGCGCAAAACUGGAGUUUUUGGAAGAAUAGACACCGACGUACCCGGACAUUAAAUGUCCCUUUCGACGGAUUACCAUCAAUUUUACAGAUACUUACGUUGCGAACUGGAGUAAAGAAAUAUUAAGGAGGUAAGAAUUACACGACCAGCUGACCCCUACUAAGGCAAAUUAGGCCAAAGUUGAAAGUUCGGGCAAACAAAAGAUGCUCGAGCUAGCGGACUUUGAUUCAGAGAUUUCUGACCCCUGACAAGGCGUCGCGUGUGUUACGGUGUCUGCUCAACGCACAGAGAAUACUCUGAAGUAUG